UCGUUAUGUCGAGUACUCUACACUACUUAAUAUGGAGACCAUACCCCCCCCUCGAUGAGUGAGUCGGUCCUCACGCACGCGCGAAAUCCAUAACUAUGGCCUCCCUUCAGCCAGAUGCCUAUUCCGACCCAGCCGACUCGCAUAACCACUCGGAAUCUAUCGCUUUCGAGGACUCGCUCUAUUCCAGCGGAUCGGAAUCGUCGACGGCCUCACUUUCUUCGUCCGUCUUGGACUACGUGUAUGAGAAUGGCCGACGCUACCACGCAUUCCGCGCAGGCCAGUAUGCUCUUCCAAACGACGAGACGGAGCAGGACAGACUCGACAUGAUGCACCACAUCUACAGCAUGAUGCUCAGGGGAAGACUGCAUCUGGCGCCGAUACCGAAAGACGCCUCGCGGAUACUCGACAUUGGCACUGGAACUGGCAUUUGGGCUAUCGAUAUGGGGGACAGCUUUCCUGCGGCGCAAGUGAUCGGAGUGGACCUAUCACCCAUCCAGCCGAGCUGGGUUCCGCCCAACGUCCAGUUCGUCGUGGACGACGUCGAGUGCGAUUGGAUGUUUUCCGACGAUUCCUUCGAGUUCAUCCACAUCCGCAGCAUGCUGGGCUCCAUCAAGGACUGGCCUCGUUUGCUGAGCCAAUGCUACAGGUGCCUCAAGCCCGGCGGUUUCAUCGAGAUAGUCGAAGCGGCCGCGGGCAAGCUCCAAGCCGACGACGACACGUACACGCCGCAAUCGGCGAUAUGGCGAUACUACGAGCUGGUGAACCAAGCCGCCGCCAAGGCGGGGCGGUCAUUACAGCUAAUGAACCCGUCAAUACGCGAUCUCGUCACGACCGCGAACUUCGGCAGCUACAAGGAGACGGAGAUGAAGCUGCCGCUCGGCACCUGGCCCUCCGAUCGCAAGCUUAAGGAGAUGGGCGCCUGGUUCGCUCUCUCGACUCAGUCCGGCUUCUCGGCGUAUGGCCUUGCUCUGCUCACCCGCGUGCUCAAUAUGCCGUCAGAAGAGGUGUAUGCCCUGUUCGGGCAAUGCAACGUUGAGGUCAACAGCAAGAAAGUGCACGCUUACGGCAAUAUGUAAGUGCAAUCAAUCCGAGCCGCCUCGUUUGCACUCUCUGAUCUGGUCGGUGUAGAACAUUUGCUGUCGCGCGAAAGCCCAUGGCAUAGGUCGGCAACAUCCUCCGUCGUACCAAGUGGGGGGGAUAUAACAAGUGGGGGAAGGGGGCAAUAUACAAAUAGACUCGGCGGCGUCUGAGCAUAAACAUACA